AUGGAGACGGCCGGCCUGGAGAAGAAGACGGGGCGGCAAGCAGAGCGAGACUACCGACAACGACGGAGCGACAUCCUGCGCCGCCUCGGCCAAAGCGCCUUUCUCAACGGGUCGCAAUUCGCUAUCCUCUGGGUGAACCCGUCGACCUCGCAGACGGACGUGUUUGCGAGCGAGGCGCUCCAGCCCAAGCUGCAGCAGUGGCUAGGGAACAGGGUGCGGGAAGAGGCGCAGACCCUGUCGCGGAGACUGCAGGAUGAGCGGGCGGAGAAGGUCAGGAAGGGUCAGGAGGUCCUUGAUGCGCACGCGGUCUUCGAUGUGGACGGACGAGUACCGGCGAGCGCCAUCAAGGACGAGCUCUUGAGGACGGACGAGGAGGACUUGGCGCCGAAAGUGGUGUCUGUCGAGGCGCAGGAGAAGCCUUCGCCUGCACUUCCGCAACCUCCCAGCCCACCACAUGUACCGACGGUUCCCGCCCAUCCCAGCGUCCUCGAGACGUCUUACUCCGUCAUGUUUGGCGGCGAGGGCAACUUCUCAAUCCCGGCACCGCCCGCCUCUCCGGCCAAGCUUCACCAGCAGCUCUCCCCUCGGCCCUCGUCCGCACCUUCGCCAUCGAAUGCUCCGUCACCCCACACUGCACCUCCCACUCGAGCUCUCCCAGCACAUCUCGUCAUCGACGACAGCUGGGUACGACAUACCUUCACGCCCGCCGAGCUCUCGCUGUGGUACUCGGAGCGGUUCGCCGAGUUGUGGCAGAAGACGGAGAAGCUCGUCUGCAAGGCGUGGAUCAAGGUCAUCCAGCCUGCGAAGCAUACGAAGUUUCAGUACCAGAAGGGCGAGGAGAGUCGACCGGGUUGGUGGCCGCGGGACGUGCGGCACAAGGAGCCGGACCACCUGAGCAAAGCAGAACGGGUCGCCCUCCUCGUCCACCUUCUUCGGACUGCACCAGUCUCGAUCGAGGACCUCGAGAUGGGCAGCGCAUCCGUCAGCGCGCACAUCCCGCCCGAGCGUAUGGAGAUCCUGCGCGAGAUCUACCGCAUCGCCAAGGAGGAGCGUCGAGCGAAACAAGAGUCGCCAGACGGCAUGCUCACUUCGCUCACGGUCGCUCUGCCCGACACUCCUUUCUUCAAAACCCCUCUUGAAGAAGCGACACAGUCGCCAGCGCCAGACGAGCCGAAGCAGCACAACACGCGCAACCGCACUCGACGCUCUCUCGCCAGCCAAAACGACGGCGGCUCGAACCGCCUCGAAUCGGUCGAGGAACAACAGACGCCUCGUGGUUCGGCUAGUCCCUCUGCCGCUCCCUCACUGCCUCGCUCGCAAUCCGCCAUGGACGUCCGAGACCUCGCCUCGACUUCCGCCGCUCCUUACCCCUCCGUCAUGGCGACACCUGCCCGCCCGUCAUCCGCUGCUCCAGCAACGAACGAGUCGCCCGCCUCAGCACCGCCUCUCGCGCGAAGCCAGUCCUUCGCUGGUCCCGUCACGAGCGCAGGUCGUUCGCGCAAUGCGAUGCGGCAAAGCGGUCGUGGCUCGGUCGGUGAGGCAGACCUGCUCGCUGGCGGUUCACUCGACAGCCUGAACGCGGGGAAUGACGGUCGACUACAGGCGACGCCUUCUGCAGCGCAACGGACGAGCGGGAGAAGGAUGGUGACGCCCAGUCGAGCCGGACAAGGUUCGCCUCAUGCGCCGGGCGUUGGUGGUUCGACCGGUAUGAGCCGCAGCCUUAGUGCGAGUGCGGUCGCAGCCGGGACCGGCGGCGCGAGCGGGUCUGCGACGAAGCGGUCGGCGGCGAAGGCGGCGUCCGGCAUUGACGAUUCGGUCGCCAGUCCCGCGAUGAUCAAGAGUCGGAGUCGGUUGUCGCAGCAGCACUUUGAGCAGAUGGGCAUCGGCUCGUCGCCAUCUGCGCAGGAUGCGGCGUCGAAGAUUCGAGGCGGACAAGGCGAGCGACGGCCGCGCGGAAGCCAGUCUGCGCACGUCGUGCAGCAGCCGCAGUUCGAGCCGAUGUACGAGCAGCAACUGCCGCCUGGCUUCCAGCUCCACCAGCAUCACCAGCAGCAGCUCGCGCAGGCGCAGGCUCAGGCUGUCGCGCAAGCACAGGCUCAGGCGAUCGCACAGGCGCAGCAGCUCCAGCAUCCGCCUCAGCAGAUCCAGCUCGUUACGGCGCAUCCCGUCCAGCGCAUCCCGUCACAUCCACAGCUCCAGGUCCCGCCCGGCCACGUACUCGUUUACGCGCCGCAUCCUCCGCAAGGACUGCCUCAGCCCGUCGCGUUCGGCCGACAACAAUCGACUUCGCCUCUUCCCACUCUUCCGCAACCUCCCGCUCACUUCUCCGAGCCACCUCAGCAGCAUCAGCACCAACAGCUUCAUCCCUCGCAACAUCGCUCGCAACAUCGCCCACACCAUCUCGCUCCUCCUCAGCAUUCUUCCCGUGCUUCGUCGCACCACGGCCACGCGCACGGCUCUGCGUCUCCCCAUCCCGCCUCAACGCAAGUGCAAGUCCAGGUGCAAGUCCAUGCCGGCCCGUCCCCAUCCUACGCCCUUCCUCAGCCGCCUCCUCAGCACCUCUCCUCAACGCACAGCCCCUCGCUCUCGCACCACCCUCAACAUCCACCGCCCCCGCAACACGAUCAAUACGUCUCGCGAUCGCCUUACCUCUCCGGCAGGAACGGCAGCGAGUCAAACUCGUCGUACCCCACUCCGACAACCGCCUCAUACGCCUCACCCGUCUUCCCAGGCGAACCCGGAGCGCGCGGGAUGCCCAACCCGUUCGUCCAUUCGCCUUCGCUCGGCGGCGAAGGAAGCGCAGGAGGCGAUCCGUUCGCCGGGACGACCGGUACAGGCGCGGAAGACUGGUCCGCGUUCUUGCAUAGCGAUCCGGGGUCUGCGGGGACUCCCUCGUCGAUGCAGGGACUGGGACUUGGAUCUGUUGAUGCUCAGCAGCCGAGGUCGGCGGGUGGAGGGUUGAUGUUUGAGGAGGGUUACUACGGGGAGGACAGCGAGGGUGCUUUCGGACUGGGGAUGGAGCUGGACCAGCAGGGACAGGGAGGGUAUGGGUAUGCGGGAGAAUUGGCGGACGGGAGGAAGGAGGAGGCGCGGAGGAGGUACGAUGAGCAAAUGUUUGGGUUGAGCGGGGGAGGGUUGUCGGCUGGUCUUGUUUGA